AAAAAACGCCGCUCGUUAUUGAUCACGGUGACCAUUCAGUUCUCACCGAGCCACCCAAAAACAAUCAUUCAUUCUCCAGCCCGGAGAGCCUGCUCAUUUGCAAGAUAAAAGAGAGACAUUUCUGCACAUGCCCAUAAUGUUCUUCGCCACUGGGGGCAGCUUUACAUAAGACCUGCAUUCAGGGGAACCAAAGCAACAGUCGGAGCAGCUUUCAGAAUGACAGUCUGCAGAAGUGAGCUGAGCGUGUGCGCGGUCCCCGGCUCUCCUGCCUUCCGGGCUCCGACGCAGCUCGGCGGCUGACCGGGGUGCUCGCCGCCAGCAAUGCUGGGCUUUGGAAUACAGAGGUGGCGGCUCAGGUAGCCUCACGUCGCCUGGAGGAAUAAUACAUCAUGCUUCCCGAUAAGAAGAAAUUGUAGAAGCCAGUGGUUUGGUUUUUGUUUUUUUGGUUUUUUUUUUUUUAAUACCCCGGCUCCCCCCACCAUCCCACCCCCCAAAAAGAAAAACCUGUAAAGAUGCAAAAACGUAGUAUCCAUGAAGAUCCUAUUACCUAGGAAGAUCUCGAUGUGUUGCUGCAAAUGCGGAGUUGGGAUUUAUUUGUUCUUGGAGUGUGCUGCGUGGCUGGCAAAGAAGAAUGUUCCGAAAUCGGUCCAUCUCCCGAGGGGUCCGAUUUUUCUUGCCGGGUGUCAGCGAGCCCUGACUCACCACAGAGCAACUGACAGGGGCUGUCACGCAAGUGGCCCCCUCAGCCAAAGCAAAGACCCGAGGACGACCUUUGAACAAUACAAAGGAUGGGUUUCAAUGUAAUCAGGCUACUGAGCGGGUCCGCGGUAGCCCUGGUGAUAGCACCCACUGUCUUACUGACGAUGCUUUCUUCUGCCGAACGAGGCUGCCCCAAGGGCUGCAGGUGCGAAGGCAAAAUGGUCUAUUGUGAAUCUCAGAAAUUACAGGAGAUCCCCUCGAGUAUAUCUGCUGGCUGCUUAGGCUUGUCCCUCCGCUACAACAGCCUCCAAAAACUCAAGUACAAUCAGUUCAAAGGGCUCAACCAGCUCACCUGGCUGUACCUCGACCACAACCACAUCAGCAAUAUUGACGAGAACGCUUUCAACGGGAUACGCAGGCUCAAGGAGCUGAUCCUGAGCUCCAACAGGAUCUCCUACUUCCUCAACAACACCUUCAGGCCCGUGACCAAUCUGCGGAACCUGGACCUGUCCUACAACCAGCUGCACGCCCUGGGGUCCGAGCAGUUCCGGGGCCUGAGGAAGCUGCUGAGUUUGCACCUGAGGUCCAACUCCCUGAGGACCAUCCCCGUGAGGAUAUUCCAGGACUGCCGCAACCUGGAGCUGUUGGACCUGGGAUACAACCGGAUCCGGAGUUUGGCCAGGAACGUCUUUGCUGGCAUGAUCAGGCUCAAAGAACUUCACCUGGAGCACAAUCAGUUUUCCAAGCUCAACCUGGCCCUCUUCCCGAGGCUGGUGAGCCUCCAGAACCUGUACCUGCAGUGGAAUAAGAUCAGUGUCAUAGGGCAGACCAUGUCCUGGACCUGGAGCUCCUUACAGAGGCUCGACUUGUCCGGCAACGAGAUCGAGGCGUUCAGUGGACCCAGCGUCUUCCAGUGCGUCCCGAACCUGCAGCGCCUCAACCUGGAUUCCAACAAGCUCACGUUUAUUGGCCAAGAGAUUUUGGAUUCUUGGAUAUCCCUGAACGACAUCAGCCUGGCCGGGAAUAUAUGGGAAUGCAGCAGAAACAUCUGCUCCCUGGUGAACUGGCUGAAAAGUUUCAAGGGCCUGAGGGAGAACACCAUCAUCUGCGCCAGCCCCAAAGAGCUGCAGGGGGUCAACGUGAUCGAUGCCGUGAAGAACUACAGCAUCUGUGGCAAGAGCACCACCGAGAGGUUCGACCUGGCCCGGGCGCUCCCCAAGCCCACGUUCAAGCCCAAGCUCCCGAGGCCGAAGCACGAGAGCAAGCCCCCCGUGCCCCCGACGGUGGGGGCCACGGAGCCCAGCCCGGAGGCCGAGGCGGACACGGAGCACAUCUCCUUCCACAAGAUCAUCGCGGGCAGCGUGGCCCUGUUCCUGUCCGUGCUCGUCAUCCUGCUGGUGAUCUACGUGUCCUGGAAGCGGUACCCGGCCAGCAUGAAGCAGCUGCAGCAGCGCUCCCUCAUGCGCAGGCACCGGAAGAAGAAAAGGCAGUCCCUCAAGCAGAUGAACCCCAGCACGCAGGAGUUUUAUGUAGAUUACAAGCCCACCAACACGGAGACCAGCGAGAUGCUGCUGAACGGCACGGGACCCUGCACCUAUAACAAAUCGGGCUCCAGGGAGUGUGAGAUUCCUUUAUCAAUGAAUGUGUCAACCUUUCUGGCCUACGACCAGCCCACAAUAAGCUACUGUGGGGUGCACCAUGAACUUCUCUCUCAUAAGUCCUUUGAAACGACUGCACAGGACGAUACGAUGGAAACACACCUAGAGACUGAGCUGGACCUGAGCACAAUCACAGCAGCAGGCCGCAUCAGUGACCACAAACAGCAUCUGGCUUAACUGAGCUACAUGGCAGCCAAGGCCUGCCACUGAACUGUACCCUCAAGGACAAAAUGAGGAAGAUAUGUUCCGUGUGGACUCUAAAAACAAAACAAAAAUCCCCUGUUAAACAAAAGUCCAAGGUUGAUUCAUGAAAUAAAGAAGACAUUAAUUGUUUCAAGUCUAUACUUUGUAAUUAGCUAAGUUGUGCAGUAUUUUUUUUUUUACUUAAACAGAGUAUUUCCCUG